GGGCAUGCCGAAAUACAUUAAGACAAUACUCUACCACACCAUCAUAUCAGCAAACCUGAUGAUAUCCAGAUUGUGGGAAAAAAUGACGCCUCCCACAAUUGAGGGCUUGAUAAAACAGGUAGAACUAAACUGGGAGUAUGAACUCAUGGCAGCAGCACAAUUUGGGGCACGCACACACAUACAUGAGGCACACAGGACAUGGAUGGCUAGUACAAAGCCCGAG